CAAAGACCCAUUUGCUCCCAUGCCGCAAUCGAAAGUUCUAAGUCAUUGAGUCCCAAAUCGUAUUUAUGGUCAGACUAUGGAGUAUUUUGGCCACAGCAUUCUGCAUAAGUGGUCUAAACGCCAGUAGUUGGUUUGGCUAGACAGAAUUUAACCUAACUACCGCCAACCUCGAGAUAUCUUCACUCUUAGCCGCUUCUCAAAAAGUUGAAGCAGAAUCCAGAUCUCAUCCGCCUAUUGCGCAAAAGAGACCGGCUGCAUCCCGAGAAAGUCUCACAGGAUCUCACUUGAAGGAAUUUUGGCCGCGAACUCUCUCGUCUCAAGAAUAUGGACGACAUCGCCGAUACCAUCGAGGACACGGCCUCGCGUCAGAACAGGGCUAAGGGCAAAGGCAGAAGCAGAGGCGGGCGGGGAGGCCGAGGAGGUCGGGGCGGAGGGUCAUCUCGACAAGUCGACCUUUCGAGGGCGCUGUCUAAGCUGUUGAGACACCAGGCCCAGCAUGCCGGCAUCAAGUUGGAUAAAGAAGGCUUCGCACCCCUGGAUCGCGUGCUCCAAUGGGGACCCCUACGCAGCAUGGCCCCGACCGUCACCGAGAUCCAGUCCCUCGUCCGCGACAGCGACAAGCAGCGGUUCGCCCUCAAGCCCUCAGACCCAAACGCUAGCACCAGCACCAUCACCAUCACCAGCACCAGCGCCCCAGACGACGGCAGCAGCAGCAGCAGCACCGACCCGGCCGACUGGCUCAUCCGCGCCAACCAGGGCCACAGCAUCAAGCUCGAGUCGUCGGACGGCCUGCUCCGCCCGAUCGCCUUGGGUCCCGCCGCGGACGGGCCCGUGGCGGCGGAGCCCCUCCCGCCGGGCGCGGUGCCCGUGCCGCCGACGGUCGUGCACGGCACGUACCUCGCCUUCUGGCCGGCGAUCGUGGCGGCGGGGGGCCUGAGGCCGAUGGGGAGAAACCACGUGCACUGCAGCACGGGGCUGCCGGGCGACGGCCGCGGCGGCGGCCAUGACGGGCCGGCGGCGGCGGCGGUGGUGUCGGGUAUGCGCCGCGACGCGGAGCUGCUCGUGUAUGUGGACGUGGAACGCAGCAUCCGCGAGGCGGGGAUGAGGUGGUGGGUCAGUGAUAAUGGGGUCGUACUGACGGAGGGGGACGACGAGGGCGGGGUUGUGCCGUUGCGGUUCUUCCGCGAGGUCGUGGGCCGGCCUGGUACGGGGCCCGGGGCGGGCGUGGGAGUGCUUUGGAAAGAUGGCGUGAAGGUCGCGGACCUGCCGCCGGAUGUGAAGGGGAGGGUGCCGAGGGGGAAGGGAGGCGCGGGUGCGGGACGGGGGAGGGGCAGGGGACGGGGCGGCGGGGGUGGAGGCGGGGGACGAGCAGAGUAGACGGCUGAGUUUCGUUACGUUUAUGGCUUGGUGUGACUGUCCAUUGGGGGAUUACACAAUGGGAGUGGUUGGAGCCAUGUCCGUCCUCUUUAUAGUCUACAUAGUAGUACGAGCUGGCCAUAGUGGCUUUAAAAUGGCUGCCCAAGUUCUCUAGCCUUGGAGUCGUCAUCAAGUAGCCCAUCAACAUGUCGUGAGAGGGUGGACCUGGUUGAUAUGUAGCACUUGACCCGUGAGGAUCAAAGCAGAGAUCAUUAGUCCCUAUGAAUAAGUUAUACACACUCCAGGUAUCCG